UAUAAAGACGGUAUCAAUGUCAGACCUUCUCUUCUUCAGCUAUUGGGGACAGAAAGCAGACGUACUCUCCCAUUAGGGGACAGUAUAAACCGAUUUAAGCGCAUUCUUGUCCCCUUAAUACCCUUAUUUAAAAAGUGUUGAGUAAUUUGCGUUGCUAAAACUUGCCAUGAAGUGGGGCUGGGUGUUUUUGGGGCUAUUCCUCCCUUUGGGGACUCUGUCUUUCGGGGAGAAGGGCUUGGAGAUCCCCGAGUAUGACGGCAAAGACCGCGUCCACACCCUGACUGCCAAGAACUACAAGUCCAUCAUGAAGACGUACGACGUGAUGGUGAUCUACUACCACAAAAAUGUGGAUGGGAAUCGAAGUGCCACGAAGCAGCUUCAGAUAGAGGAGCUGGCUUUGGAGUUGAUCACAAGUGAAGCAGCAAUAAUCUUUCAGCUUGCGGCCCAAGUUCUGGAUGAGUUCGACGAUGAGGACAUCGGAUUUGGCCUGGUGGAUGAAAAGAAGGCCUCUGCUGUUGCCAAGAAGCUAG